AUGAAGUUUAUGCAAAAUAUACCACUGUUAUUACUGCUGUCCUGCAGUUGUUUGGCGGAUGGGCAGCAACAACCGAACCAACAAUCAGUGCAACAGGAACAAUCCCAUUCCGUGGCAGGCGGUGAAAAUGCCAGCAAAAACGUGGCUGGUGUCGUGGACAAAUCGCAGAACAAAAGAGGCGCUCCGGACAUACCGGUGGUCGUAGGUACGCCAGCACAGCAUACGGCUUACAUAAAUCAUCACGUUGCCGGAGCAACCGUCGUAGCUGCGCCCAUUUCUGGCCACGCUUCACACGCAGCCAUCGGUGCUGUACCGUUUGGGUAUGGGCAUGCGGUAACCAGCACCGGCCACCUCCUGCAGACACCCAGCGUAACGACAGGACACCAGCACGUGAUACACAAGUUGAAUUACGUAGCGCCGACAUCACCGACAUCGCUCAAGUUGGCAACCGUUUCCGAGGGUUUCCAUCUGCAUCUAGAGCCCGUUAGUUUGGUUGUGACGAAGUACAACUAUGCCGUACCACAGCUAGCGUACGCACAUUACCCUCAGUAUCAGGUGUAUCACCACCACCAGGCUAACCCCGGUGCAGUUCAGCCGUCCGCGAUCUAUGCAACGCAUCAACUCCACGAACAUCCGGUGGCUACGGCGACCGUCCAUGAGAUUGCUCAUCAACACCAGCAGCAACAGCAGCAACAACAACAGCAUACAGCGUACGCUCAUCAGCAGCCCAUUUACGCACACCAUCCGGCAGCCAUCCAUUACUCCGUGCCGGCAUCGCUCGUUCAUGCUGGCCAACACAAUUACCAACAGCAGCAACAACAGCUUCCCCUGAGUCACACACAAGCCAUCCACUACCAGGCGAACCAGGCCGGAGCACAGCCGGCAGUUCCGAUCGUUCAUCAGGCCCCGAUUGCCACUAUCAAUCAGGUACACCAGGCGCAGCAGGUCUAUGCUACCCAAGGCCAGUUGACGAAGUAUCCAGUAGCAGCACAAUCAUACUACGGUACGGGCGGACUACAGCAAAAUCAGAUCUACUCGACGGUUCCCAGCUACGGUGAUCCGGACACGCUAACAAACCUCGUUAAUCCUACCACUCCCCGGUUCCUUACUACCUCUCUGCGUCCUUCCACUAGACCCAUUCCCGGUGACGUUCGACCGAUCACUGAGUAUGAGGACGACGACGGCAGUGACGGCGACAACAGCGAGGACGGUGUGCUGUACCGGGACGAACCCACGGUUUCUAGCAACCGAACACCGGUCCAGGAUGAACCGUGCGAGAAGGAUAGCAAGAAAUCGGGACAACCAAGCGCUUUCAACCGGAAUCUCUACAACAUGUGGCGUGCGUACGACGUGGCACGGGCCCUGUUGAAGGCUUCCGGUGCUAGUGGAACACCGACUAAACCACGGUCCAAACCCAAUACCAACAGCAAUACGGACCGUAUACAGCUGAUUCAUCCACCGGGUGAAUCGGACAAGCGGCUUAAGGGCAAGUACUACGAGGGCAAGUACUACAGUUAUUAUCGGUAUGGCCGCCAGGACACUACCGGCGAUGGCAACCGCACACCAAAGUCCAUUCAACCAACGUCCUCGUCGUCAACGUCCUCGUCGUCAACGUCCUCGUCGUCACCAUCCUCGUCGUCGUCCUCAUCGCUCAACACUUUCCAUCAACAUGCGGCUGGCAGUGCGAGUAAUGGUUUAGCCGGAAAACAGCUUCUUCCUACCGUUGCCACUCCCGUUCAACUUAAAUCCUUAGUGCCCGUUACAACCGCCACCACGACCCAACAUCAUGGUAACGGCAUCAGCUACACCGCUUUCACGCAACCUUCGCACGCUGCAUCCGUCCCUUUGACAGCGCAUUUGAAGCCUGUACCACAGAGUCUGCUGCAGACGCAACCAUCCUACUUUAACACCGCCGCCACAGCCAACGUCCAACAGCAGCAGCAACAGACGUUCCAACAACAGCCCAAUGUCUAUUACCGAAAUCAGUUGCAGCAACAGUACCAGCAGCAAGCCCAGCAACAGCAACGAGUUCAGAUUUACUCAACCGCAGCAAGUCCUUUGCAAAGGACUCCAUUGGUUUAUUCGACCGGUCAGUUCAACCAUCCGGUACCAUCGCAGUACGGCGCGUAUGCUUACGCUCCUCAGCAGCAGUCGGUUGCGGCCGGAGCACUUUUUCAACCACAGGCUUCACAGGGGAAAAUCACCUACGCGCAGAACGGCGUUUCCACCAACGUUGGAGGCCGAGGGUCCAUCUAUCUGUUGCACUAA